AUGCCUACCCCUCCCCGACCAAGCCUUGGACGGACUCUCAGCUGGCCUCCCACCCCAAGACUCAUCACGUAUGGACCAGCUGUCUCGCAAGUACACACUUCUGGAACGCAGUGUGCUACACCAAGGGCUCAGCCAAAGAAUGGACCAGAGGAGGCCGACGGCGACUUUGACGAACAUCCAGAGGAGCACUUCUUGUCACCAAUGUACGAGUACGAGGACUGGGCAUCCGACAGUGACGAGGGUGGCGAUGACGACUUCGAGUGGGAUGCAGGCAUUACCGACUUCGCGCUGUUCCACACUGACAGGCGCCACGCUCAAGAGUCCAACGAGCGAUUGGACGGCCGAUGGAACGAAUUCAUGUCUAGGCAGCAGUCUGCGCUGCAGCGGGCCGUAGAGCGGAGUCGGUGCGCCUCACAGAUCGACACGACUAAGCCUCCUAUACCGGUUGAAGAAGUACCUGGUCUUACGCCAGAUAGCUCACCUGAGCUUCACGAUGACUUGGAGAUCGAGUCAUACCAUGGCCAGGGCACACCACGACCGACCGUACCAGGUUACUUGACCGUCAUCGUCACGCCACAGUCGCCAGAAGACAGGACAAUCCACAGCAAUGAAGACUUGCCAUGCUUCCUCGAGCUCUCAGUUCAGCGAAAACACGCCCGGCGCAAGCUGGAACGGCCAGGUCUUCGCCAUGCCCGGACGCUAUCGGGCAAAGCGCACUCGUGGAGACGGCCCAGCUGGGAGAUCCACACGCUUGGGGAAGAACCGGAGACUGAGCGCAGUGCCGAGCAGGGCGCGAUCAGACGUGUUGGGAGUCGCUAG